AUGGCUAGCCCCUCUGUACUAGCUUUCGAUGCUGAGGGCCGCCCACUGAAGUUUGAGACCUGGCUCGAUGACCUGCACCUAUUCCUCCAGCUCACUGCCAAGGAGGAUAUCUCACUGUACGAUCACGCGCUAGGCAAUGCUGCUGCCCCUGCUGCUACUGCUGACAGUACUGCCCGUUCACAGUGGCAGACUCGUGACGCCCACGCUCGCUUUGCUAUUCGCAACUCCCUGCCGGUAGAUGAGCGCGAGCACUUUGGCCAGCACAAAACUGCGCAGGCACUGUACACUGCUGUAGUUGCACGCUACUCCUCACCUGCCUCUGCUGCGCUAGGCCGUCUCUCGCUCCCCUACCUGUUCCCAGACCUGUCCGCGUUCGCCACAGUCGCUGACCUCACCACGCACCUCCGCACUAGUGAGGCUCGCUUCCGUGCCGCUAUGCCCGCUGAGUUUCUUGCCACCCACCCCCCCCCGCUCUGGCUCACUCUCUACCACCUUGUCACCCGUCUCCCUGACUCUCUUCGUGCGGUCAGGGACCACUUCCUCGCUCGCUCCCCCACUGAGCUCACCAUAGACCUGCUCGAGAAGGAACUGCUUGCAGCUGAGACUAGCAUAGUCGCUGUAGCUGCCUCUCGUGGCGACCCCCGCACCCCUUUCUUCGAGGGGUGUUCCCCUUCCCCCCUUCUCCCCUCUGUCGCCUCUGCUGCUGCUGUCGACCUAGUUGGUACUGAGCAGGUCGGGACUGCGUCCGCUCCGAGCUGGCGCCGCAGCGGCAAGGGCAAAGGGGGCAAGGGAGGUGGAGGUGACGGCGGGGGAGGUGGUGGUGGGGGCGGUGGCGGUGGUGGGGGUGGUGGCGGGACUGGAGGGGCUAGUGGCAGCGGUGGGGGUGGAGGCGGCAGCAGCGGAGGAGGUGGCCGUGGUGGGGGCGGUGGUUGGGGAGGUGGUGGACGCGGAGGCGGCAGAGGCGGUGGUGGUCGAGGUGGUGGCGGCGGCGGUGGUGGUCGUGGAGGCGCUGGCGGUGGCCAGAGCCAGCAGCACACUCCGUCCUGUACGUACGUCAUCCGCACUGGUGACCGCACUGGCCAGACGUGUGGGAGGGCGCACACCACGCAGCGCUGCUUCUCCCGCCUUGACGAUGCUUGGCGCACUCAGUUCCCUGCUGCCACUGAGCUGCCCCGCUGGGCUGACCUGAUGAAGAAGAACAUUGAUAUCUAUGCUCUUGACUUUGAUGCUAUUCUCACUGCCAUUGACGCUGCCGCUCUAGGUGCUUGCGUGUCUGCUGCCCCAGGUGCUGGUGAGGCUGCUGCUCUAGGUGCUUGCGUGUCUGCUGCCCCAGGUACUGGUGAGGCUGCUGCUCUAGGUGCUAGUGAGUCUGCGCCCCCUGGUACUGAGUCCACUGAGGCACUGCACACCUUCACUCUAGACUCAGGAGCUUCUCGCUGUUUCUUUCGUGACCGCACUGCCCUUGAGCAGCUUGCCCGGCCAGUUGCUGUCUCCCUUGCUGACCCCUCUGGGGGUCCGGUCAUUGCGACCUCCUCCACUGUCCUUCCUUGUCCUGCGGUUCCGUCGGGCACACUGUCCGGUCUCCACCUCCCCUCGUUCUCUACGAACUUGGUGGCGGGUUGUGCGCUCCAGGACGGGGGUGUCCACCAGUUCACCCCUGCCUACGAGCGCGUGACACACUGCACGUGUGCUCGGACGGGCCGUCACCUGGCUACCUUCACUAGGCAGCCGGGGUCGGACCUGUACACACUGACCACUGAGUCCCCUCAUGUAGCUACGUCUGCGUCUGCGUCAGGUCAGCUGUCUGCCCCCUGCUCGUGUCGCUCUCUCGCGCACGAGACUGUCCUCUGGCACCACCGCCUUGGUCACCCGUCAGUGCAGCGCCUUCGUGCCAUGCACAAACGGUACCUUGUCUCUGGUCUUCCCCGGGUACUCCCUCCCCUCCCACCCUCGCCCGCUCCUCCCUGUCUUCCUUGUGUCGAGGGGCGGCAGCGCGCCGCUCCUCACUCCUCCUCGUUUCCCCAGACGACUGCUCCCUUGCAGACGCUCCACAUGGACGUGUGGGGCCCAGCCCGCGUCCGUGGACAGGGUCAGGAGAGGUACUUCCUGAUCGUUGUUGACGACUACUCGCGCUACACCACGGUCUUCCCCUUGCGCACCAAGGGUGAGGUCCCUUAUGUUUUGAUCCCUUGGAUCCGCGCUUCUCGUCUCCAGCUCAGCGAGCGGUUCCACUCGGACUUUCCUGUCCUGCGUCUGCACUCAGACAGAGGUGGUGAGUUCUCCUCCGACCUCUUGGCAGCCUACUGUGCGGAGCACGGUAUCCGCCAGUCGUUCACGCUUCCGGCCUCUCCACAGCAGAAUGGGGUUGCUGAGCGCCGCAUUGGCUUGGUCAUGGAGGUCGCUCGUACCUCCUUGAUCCAUGCGGCUGCCCCCCACUUUCUGUGGCCGUUUGCGGUCCGGUACGCGGCGCAUCAGCUCAACCUCUGGCCCCGUGUCUCCUUGCCGGAGACCUCGCCCACACUGCUGUGGACGGGGGAGGUUGGCGAUGCGUCGCGUUUCUGGGUCUGGGGAUCUCGAGCUUUUGUCCGCGAUACGUCAGCGGACAAGCUCUCCUCUCGCGCUGUUCCCUGUGUCUUCCUUGGCUUUGUCCCGGACGCGUCUGGUUGGCAGUUUUACCACGCCACCUCGCGCCGUGUCCUGCCCUCUCAGGACGUCACUUUUGACGAGUCGGUGCCCUACUACCGCCUCUUCCCCUACCGCACUGCCCCGCUCCCCCCCCCGCCUCUCUUCCUCGCGCCAGGUGCUGCUGUGGUAGACCCCCUCCUCCCUCAGGGUGCCGCUCCCUCAGGUGCUGCUGGUGCUGGAGCUGCUGGAGGUGGUGCUGCUGCUGGCGCUACUGGAGGUGCUGCUGGUCCUGGCGCUGCUGGAGGUGCUGCUGGUGCUACUGGAGCUGUUGGAGGUGCUGCUGGUACUGGUGCUGCUGGUGCUGGUACUGCUGGAGCUGCUGGAGGUGCUGCUGGUGUUGGAGCUGCUGGAGCUGCUGCUGGUCCUGGUGCUGCUGGUGCUGGUACUACUGGAGCUGCUGGAGGUGCUGCUGGUGUUGGAGUUGCUGGAGCUGCUGCUGGUCCUGGUGCUGCUGGUGCUGGUACUACUGGAGCUGCUGGAGGUGCUGCUGGUGCUGGAGCUGCUGGAGGCACUGCUGCUGCUGGCGGUGCUGCUGGAGGUGCUGCUGGUGCUGGAGCUGCUGGGGCUGCUGGUCCUGGAGGUCCUACUCCUCCCUACUGA